AUGGCAGGCCUGCUAUCACCGGGCCAGAUCUUUAAAGGCCGAACAGGUGUCUAUACAGUGACCAAACAACUACAAGAAUGUAUCUGGCUCGCCAAAAACGAGACCCAACAGCCCUUCCUCCUGAAAAGCGUCCAACACUUCCGCCUCCAAAACGAACACGACGUGCUACGACGCUUCCAAGCCCGAACCCCCUACAUCCGCCCACUGAUCGAAGCCCUGGACACCCACGAUCCGCCCACUCUCAUCCUAAAGCACUUCUCACACCUGCACGCAGACGGAUUCGUGCACACGGAUAUCAAACCAAGCAACAUCCUCCUAAACUACGGAGGCGGCAACAACGGCGUCCGCUUUAGCGCUAUCCAUCUCGCAGACUUCGGCAGCACGGUGCCCAAAACUUCAAUGUACGCGCAACGCUGCGACUCAAUCGGGACGCCUAUCUUCCGGAGCCCCGAAGCGCAGCUCCAGAUGCAGUGGGACACUGCAACGGAUAUAUGGUCUUUCGGCGCGACGGGCUUCCACAUCUUCAAGCCGGACGUGAGCGUCGAGCACGACGAAUACAAUCCCAGGAUCCAGAUGAAACAUCAUCGGUGCUUCGGGCCGUUUCCCGAGUCGUAUGAGGAGAUCGCGGACCCGCAGAGACUGGCCGGUACGCUGAGGCCGUUCCGUCAGACUACCGCGCGGGAGAUUUGUCGGGAGGAUAGGGAGUUUGUGCUUAAGGUUAUGAGGCUGGAUCCGCGCGAUAGGCCUUCGGCGCGGGAGUUGCUUGCGGAUGGGUGGUUUCGAGGGGAGUGA